AUGCAGAACCUCAUGCAGAACCUCAGGCAGAACCUCAUGCAGAACCUCAGGCAGAACCUCAUGCAGAACCUCAGGCAGAACCUCAGGCAGAACCUCAGGCAGAACCUCAUGCAGAACCUCAUGCAAAACCUCAGGCAGAACCUCAUGCAAAACCUCAGGCAGAACCUCAGGAAGAACCACAUGCAGAACCUCAGGAAGAACCUCAUGCAGAACCUCAGGAAGAACCUCAUGCAGAACCUCAGGCAGAACCUCAGGCAGAACCUCAGGCAGAACUGUAACAUGGAUUUAUAA